AUGGAAAUUGAACUGAGCCUAAAUGGAACGGUUUAUCGGGUUGAUCCCUGUCAAAUCUCGGUGGAUACCUCGCUGAACACGUUCAUCCGGGAGCAUGCCAAACUCAAGGGAACGAAAUUUAUGUGCCUGGAAGGAGGCUGUGGAUCGUGCGUUGUGAGUGUGAGCCGAGUACAUCCGGUGACCCGACGUGUCGUCACCAGGUCUGUCAACUCGUGUCUCCUUCCGGUGUACUCCUGCCACGGAGCGGAUAUUGUAACGGUCGAGGGAAUCGGUAGCAAGUCCGCCGGGUAUCAUCCGAUCCAGCGCAGGUUGGCCAGUUUUCACGGUUCCCAGUGUGGGUUUUGCUCGCCCGGAAUGGUCAUGAACAUGUACGGUUUGCUAGAGGGUAGCGCGAACGGGGUGACCAUGCGUGAGGUUGAGGAUGCGCUCGACGGGAACGUGUGCCGUUGCACCGGCUACCGGCCAAUUCUGGACGCGUUCAAGACCUUUGCUCGAGAUGUAAACCCGGGGGUGGUUCGGGGAUGUCAGGAUAUUGAAGAUCUGGGCAAAUGUCCGGUGAAAAUCUGUAGCAGCGGAUGUACCCCAUUGGUUGAGGAGCCGAGGAUGGCUUGUACGGUAGACGGCGAUGGUAGGCAGUGGUUCAAGGUGUACACGAUUGUCGAGGUUUUCGAGGUCUUUGGCGAGAUUGGUGAUCUUCCGUACAUGCUGGUGGCCGGCAACACUGCUCACGGGGUGUAUCGUCGCCGGGACGAUCUGCAGGUUUUUGUUGACAUCAGCUCUGUCGAGAAACUACAUGGUCGUUGCGUUGGACACGACGCUAUGACCAUAGGGGCAAGUGUGACCUUGAGCGAAUUCAUCGGAAUCAUGGAAGAUUCAACCGUGUGCAAUCCUAGGUAUCAAUACCUUGAAAAAGUCGCUAAGCAUGUUAAGUUAGUUGCGAAUCAGUCGGUUCGGAAUAGUGGAACGAUCGCCGGGAACCUCAUGAUCAAGCAUCAACAUCCGGAAUUUCCUUCAGACAUUUUUCUUCUGCUGGAAACCGUUGGCGCUAUGAUCGUCAUUGGUAAGUCUAUGGUUAAACUGUUGACGUUUUCUAUAUCCGAUCCUUUCAGCAACUCCCACCACCCUGAUCAAUGUAUCUCCACUGGAGUUUCUUGA